CGGUUGAAUUACAGCAUCUUCUCUUUCUCCAUAUGCACAUGUUCCUCAAUAAGUUUAUAUUCUCUUCUCUGAAAGUGGAUUUCUCCAUUAACAUAGCCUAUAAUAUACACAGCUUGGUAGAGUUGAAUACCAAAUUCAGGAAAUUGCAUCAAACUUGAGUGAAAGGCCACCAUAUACUUACCUUAUACCUUCCCCUUCAGUUUACAAUCAAGGAUCAAAACCUGAUACAGUACAAGUAGCAUAAAGCUUUCCAUACUCAUUAGGUUAUGCUUUAAGUAAGCUGCAAGCCUGCUACCCUAACAAAUUCAGUUGUUUCAGUUGCUUUUGCACCUAUAAUGAUAGACAUAACAUAAGAUGAUAACAACUUCAAGAGAAUCAGAAUUUACAACAAAACAGGAGGAAGGCAACACAGUUGAUCAUGGAAAGAAAUCUAAGGGUUCUUCUUCUAGUUCAAUCACAACAUGGUCAAGGCUGAAUGAUCCACGGAUUGUGCGUGUGUCACGUGCUUUUGGAGGAAAAGACCGGCACAGCAAAGUUUGCACUGUGAAAGGGUUGAGAGACAGGCGGGUAAGGCUUUCGGUUCCAACUGCUAUUCAAUUGUAUGAUCUUCAAGACAGGCUUGGGCUUAAUCAGCCAAGUAAGGUGGUUGAUUGGUUGCUAAAUGUGGCUAAGCAUGAAAUUGAUGAACUCCCACCACUCCAAAUGCCAAACUUUGGACAAAAUCAUCAAACAUUGGUAGCUAAUCUAGGAGACAAAGAAGGCCUUAAGAUCAAUAAUAGUCUUGAUUGGGAUGAUCAAUUGGGACUAGCUAGGUCAAAGGAGGUUGAAACAGAAAUAGCUGAUGAGAAACAAGAUUGGAAUCAGAGAAAUGAAGAAGAAAAACAAGAAUGUCUUGAAAGUCACGGUGCAAAUGCUUCACCCAAUAAAUUUUUCCCAAAAUCCAAUCAUUCUUCCAUACCAGGUUUGCUUAAUAAUGUCAUGCCAUACAAUCCUUUCUAUCGUUGGGAUCCUUCAAAUUUUCCUUUCUCCCAAACCGAAGAUUCCCAAAACUUCAACGUUGUGCCAUUGCCAUCAACAUUGUCUCAAGUUCUGGUGUAUCCGCCAGGGACAACUCAAUCCUAUUUCCCUUCACAUGAGUUCGAUCCUAAACAAAUCAGUCACUUUCAAAUGUUGAGCUCAAGUUCUCAAAAUCCCUUGUCGAAUUCUCUUGCACCAACUCUCUACUCCUUAGGUCAAUCCAUGAAACCAAAGCUCGUCCCCUCUCAAAAUAGUGGUGGAAGCCAAUCAAAUAACAAUGAUGAGUUUCCUCAAAAAUGAAGUAAAGCUCAUGUGGACAUAUCACUAUUCCCUCCAUGUAAUAGAGAGGAUUUGGACCCAAAUCAAGAUCAAGGUGGUGUUUCGUGUUUCAUUUCAUAAACUUGUCUCAUGAAGUGUGUAGGAAACAAUUUCCAAAAGAUUUACAUUGCAGCAUGGAAGCAUUGAUUCCAGCUAAGGAAUGGUUUGAAUAUGUACACCAUAGGAUUUAUAUGUGUUUUAUGUUAUUUAUAAGUUAUAUAUUUUGUUCUGGUACCCUAAAGAAGGCUAUUUGAGCAGUAACAAAGGCUAAAGUUAUGGUGCUUUUGUUCUA